AAGUUUUCAAACUUUUUAUAAACUAAAGUAAAGUACUUUUUACAACAUAGUUUAACGCAGUUUAACAUAUUUCAAAACAUUUCAAAACAUUUCAACAUAUUUCAAAACAUUUUAACAUAUUUUAACGUAGUUUAUCGUAGCACAACGCAGCCCUCUUGAGUUAUAAAUUUAGAACAAUUUUGGCUCUAAUAAUAACCCCCUUUUAUAUAUACCUAUAUACACCACAAAACUUAAAUUAAGCGACUAUGGCUUUUUUUAGCAAAUUCAAUUCUGCUUCAGCUGACAAAAGCUCAGCUAAGAAUAACAGAAGGAACGAAAAAUCUUCCGCCGCGAAUGGCGCUGGAAAGAAGAGCUCAGGUGGCCUUAACUUCCGAAGAUUAUUUUUCCCCUCCUGCUCGGUGGCACUUCUCGUUGUCGCCAUUUAUAUGUUGCUACUAAACAUAACCCCCCUGGACAACAAGGUGCUGGCCAAAAUACAAGCAAGAAAUUUAUCCGAGUUAAAUGAAAAUAGAUCUUUGAGAAGAAGACACUCAAAUAAAAAUGUAAGUUCCUCCGAUUCUGAUUCCGAUGAUGAUGCCGUGUUAUCUGGAUUUGGUGAAAUAGAUUCAGGUGAAAAUGAAGAAGAGGACGCUUCGGAUUCAGAUAAAAAUGUUGACGAAAAAUUUGAAGAGACAAAUGACUUAUGUAAUGUUAACGUUCCUAGGUUUAGCGAAGCAGAAAUGAUAUUUACCAGUGAUGUGACAAAAGAAGAACUAGACGAACUGAUCAACAAUAUGGAAGAAGUCCCAUCAAAGAAUGAAAUUAUCAAAAUGUGGAAACGUGCAUAUGCUCUUGAAGGACAAGGAUUUUACGAAAUGAUAAAUGGUUUGUUCGAAUAUUACGAAGAGUUAAAGGAAAAACAUCAAGUAGAGGAAGAACAUGCUAGCACCCAAUGGGGUAACGUCAUUUCUAUUUUUUAUAACAUCCUAACGGAGAGAGAGGAAUAUUAUAUUAAACUUUUCUACGACCUUAUAUUGAAAGACCAUUUGACCAAAGAGGAAUUUGUGAAUUUCUUGAACAAGUGUAAGAAGGAGGCUGCUGAAUUGAGAGAAACUUUACAAACCUUGGGAAAAGGCGAAUUGGAUGCAGAAAUGGUUCCAAAAAAAUGAGGAAAUUAAAAAUAUGGGAUUUGUCAACUGAAAAAAGUUACGAAAGAAAGUGGGAAAAACGCACGAUUGUGCUGUGCCUGUGUAUAUAUGAGACUGUGUGCAACUAUCGCGCAGAUUGAUAAUGUAAAGAAAGGUUGAAAAAAUAGUGCGUGCUUACUUUGAUGGUAUAAAUGAACAAACUGGCUUGGACUAACGUACAUCUCAUUAUCGUACUGCUGUGCGGCCCAAAAUGAAACGAAAAAGAAAGAAGAAAAACGUUUCGUAGUUUGUUAUAAUAUAGCAUCUGUAACAUGCGUAACGCGUUGAUAGAUCUUGUGCCAAAAGAAAAGAAUAACUAUGCAAAAUAUGAAAUUUGCUUAGAUAUUGCUAAUUUAUCUGUACACCGCGUACAUUUUUUUGAACUUCCCUUUGUAUGCACUAACAAUGUUUCCUAUAUAUGUGCCUUCUUUGCUAACUUAACGACAUUUUUACAUUUUUUCCGUUUUAAAUUGUUCUUUACUAGUAACCAUUUCACAUUUAAAAAUUAACUUCUACUCGUAUUGCUCUUACAUUCCUUUUAGUAAAUACACAUGAUGUAUAUAUGA